AUGGAGUCGCAUCUCUAUGAUGAACCACCUCCCUCGUACGAUGUCGCAGUCUCUGGUGACUGCAUGGAAGCGUCCACAUUGGCCCGCGAUGACGGUCGAAUCGAUGUAACUGUGGUGGCCAAGCAGACAGGCCUGAACGAUUACCUACCUUCAAAUCUACCAACAGAAACGCGGCCACUUCCUGAUGUGCCGCUGAGCGCAAUAACACCAUUGAAUAUUGUCAUUCAAAUAGUAGGGAGUAGAGGAGAUGUCCAGCCAUUCAUUGCUCUUGGCACGCGGUUACAAAAGAAUGGACAUCGUGUCCGUCUUGCGACCCACGCAAAUUUUAGGGACUUUGUUCAUAAGGCAGGGAUAGAGUUCUACCCUAUCGGUGGAAAUCCGGAGGAGCUGAUGUCCUUCAUGGUGAAAAACCCGGGAAUCAUACCGAAAAUGUCAACCAUUGCCGGAGGCGAAAUUGGUCGGAAACGCCAGAUGAUUGCCGAAAUGCUGGAUGGAUGCUGGCGGUCUUGUGUCGAGCCUGACCCGGAGACGAAAUUACCUUUUGUUGCGGAUGCCAUUAUCGCAAACCCCCCAAGCUUCGCCCACAUACAUUGCGCCCAGGCCUUGGGGGUGCCCCUACACAUGAUGUUCACAAUGCCUUGGAGUCCUACCAAGGAAUUUCCACAUCCGUUGGCAAAUGUCAAAGGCUCCGGCACAGAUGCUUCGCUCCGUAACUAUAUGUCGUACAGUAUGGUGGAGUUGCUGACAUGGAAUGAGCCUUUGUACAAUUCCCCGGAGAUACAUGAGUUCAUACAUCGAGGAUCUACACCGGUAUAUAUUGGAUUUGGCAGCAUCGUGAUGGAUGAUCCAGCAGCUAUGACCAGGAUCAUUCAAGAAGUCUGUCAAGAACUGGGCAUCCGCGCGAUCGUCUCCAGAGGAUGGAGUAAAUUGGGUCAAGAAUGCAAUGAUCCCAAUAUUUUGUUCAUAGACGAUUGUCCCCACGAAAACAAAAAGCUGACAAUAACUAGCCAGCCCUUCUGGGCUAAAAUGGUAGCAGCUGCCGGCGCUGGAUCGUUACCCAUUGACCACAAAGAGCUUACAGCAAAAGCGCUUUCAGAUUCCAUUAGGUUCUGCUUGACCAAAAGCGCACAGCAAGCGGCUGCAUCCAUUGCUGUUAAAAUGAAGGCGGAAGAUGGAGUAUCCAAUGCAGCCGCGAGCUUCCACCGGCACAUACCUUGGAAGGAUUUGAAAUGCGACCUUCUACCCUCGGAAACCGCAGCCUGGCUUGUUGAUAAAAAGCGUGGUCUGAAGCUUUCUCACAAGGCCAUGGCUAUUCUCUCCCAACAUCAGAUGAUUGAUAUGCAGCACCUAAAACCUUCAACAUCAGGCGCUUUGCUCAAUACCAUGACAGACUUCACUGUAGGGCUAGGCAAGAUGAGCACCAGCCCAACCAAAGGCAUGACCCAAAUGACAUCUAGCUUGGUCAAGGGAACUUUGUUGGAUGUUCCAACUGCUUUGGCUGAAGGCUUGCGCAAUGUUCCCAGGUUGUAUGGGGAGCAGCCAGAAAAGGCAGUUCCUAUAGAGGGCUGGAAAAGUGGGAUGACGCAUGCUGGAAAGAGCCUCUAUACUGGUUUCGCUGGUGGGCUGUCCGGCUUUGUUACGAAGCCCUACCGGGAGGGAAAGAAGGAUGGCGCUGCAGGAUUUGCAAAGGGCUUUGCCAAGGGUAGUGUUGAACUCUUCUCAAAGCCAGGUGCAGCAAUGUUCGGCCUCAUGGCGUACCCAGCUAUGGGUAUUUAUAAAAGUAUUAAAAAGAGGAACCUCAACCCUACGGAGACAAAGAUCUUGGAGUCACAAAUAGAACUUGGGGAGUAUAUGUUACAAAGGUUCCCUGCUUCGCCUGGAGAGAUUGAGAUGGUUCUGUCUAAAUUCAAUGCCCUCAGUUGA